AUGAAGGUUGUGCCUAACUUCGGAUUGCAAGCUCUUAAGGCUGCCUUUGCGAUUGGCCACGGUAAAUCAACCCUUGCUGCGCUUAAAGGCCCUAUUUGGACCCUAUCUGUGACAAAAACUGCCCCAGGGAUGCGGGGCCAGCAAAUCAAAAUGCCUCAUGUGGCCUGCCCCAUCGCUUCAAAACUCCGAGCAUCGCCUGCGGGACGAACACAAUGCUCAAUUAUGCCGACCCCCAAUCAUGAGUUACAGGAGCCAUGCCAGCAGCAAGUACUGAAGACUCGAUGGAGUGUAACCAGUACCUCGUAUCAGAAAUGCUCAAUCAUGUCGAACCCCAGUCAAGAGUCCGAGCCUGAUCAAUCCUUGACGACAAUACGUGUGGACAGGUCGUACGAUAAGAGAAAGGGUGCUUGCGACCAUUCAAUCGAGACGCCAGGGAGCCUUGUUCCCGAUCCUGAUUGCAACAAUUGCGGCGUUGAGAAAGGGAAGACAUAUAACAUUCGCAACACUAGAACCCAUGACCCUUGCGACAAUUGUCAGCACAACGGCUCUUGGGUCAGAAGAGCGGACGGCAAAUGGUACAAGGCCACGGAGGGGGGUCCUAAGCCGCUUCCCACUUUCACGUAUCCCUCUUUGACUGUCCUUGGAUAUUUGUUUGAUGAGGUAUCGAGUGUCUGUUUUCAGAUGAACAGAAAUGCUGAGCUGGACAAGGUCAGCUUCAAUCUCGCGCCUGCUGCUCUGCCCAACUACAAUUCUGGUUACAAAUCCACCAUGGGCUUCCUGCACGCCGAUACACUCGAGAAACACGACAAUGUUGGCACUGGAGCCUAUUCCAUUGUUUACCAUGUCACUCCAACUCUCGUCGUGAAAAAGGUCCGUCCUGAAGAAAAAGAGACGGAAGCCGAGCAUCCCUUCCUCGCCGAGAUCCGUUUUUUUAAAGACAUGAACAAGCGCAACGAUCGAUGUUCAAGUAUCAUUGAUUGUUUUCUCACGUACCCAGAUCAUAUUUUCCUAUCUUAUUGCCCGAACAACCAACUCGAUAGGCGAUUGCUUGGACACCAGGAGCGAGAACCAGGAGUAGAUGGCCUUCCUGGGCGUCUUAUUCAUGUGAAGGAAUACGAGGAUCCCGCACUUGUCGCUCGAUGGAUACAACAGCUCAGCUCAGCUCUUGAAUUUGUGGAGACAAUGGGUUUCUGCCACAAUGACCUGCAUGCAGGAAACUGUCUUCUUGACAAAGAUUUCAACUUGAAGUUAAUUGAUUUUGGUCGUGUAACCCCCAUUGGACAACUUCUUGAGGGUGUUUCAGUUCCACUGGCCAUACUUACCCGGGGUGGACCAUUAAGCGGCUCUUAUGGUCUCUGCGGUGCUAGAACUGAGCAAUUUGCAGUUGGGUCAAUUUUGUACUUCAUGGUUUAUGGACACGAACCAGAUGAUGAUCCUAAUAUCGAUCGAUUAGAGCUGUGUGAACGAUUUAAUCGGAUGGAGUUCCCAAAACUAAAUCGUCAUGAAGUCUUUGACGAGCUUAUUUCUGCUUGUUGGCACAAUGUCUGGCCUACCAUGGCACUACUGGCCUAUAGUUUUAGGCGGAAAACCGAACACAUUGCAGGAUCAAUCCCAGAAUAUGAGGUCAUAGAUCGCGUCAAAGAGAUAAAGAAAUGCGAAGCCCUGGUUCGAAAAGGGAUACUCGGGCCUGAAUUAGCACUUCAGUGCCAGCCAUUCUGGUGGAAUUGUCUGCAUGCAGGGAAGAGACUUCAAAAUGAGCGCCAAAUUGUAAUACAAAUGGAAAUGACGUCCACAGAUGUCGUCUAUGUUAUGCAGCGCCCAGGCUGUAUAGCAAUAGGUGACUUGGUAUCGUACAUUCGAUCGCAUGAUGCGCCGCCCGAAGCAUCUCGCAAGGUGUGGAUUCGACUACUGGUAGAGACGUUCUAUUACAUAUACUGUUGCAAAGUACUUCAUCAAGAUGUCAAGCUUAGCAACAUCCUCAUAAACGAUGAUACCCCAAAGGUUGCCGAUUUUGCAAAUGGCGCCAUCUUCCCGAUAGAUGCCGACAUGGAGCUGAUUUGCGCCCAAGAUCCGCUUUCUCGAAUUGACCUGCUCGGCAUCGGUUGUAUAAUGUAUUCAAUCGGAAUAUGGCAAGAUUUUGAGUACGAUUACUUCGAAAACAAUCGCUGGCCGACACCGGAAGAGCUGCCAUCGACGCACGGAGUUUUAUAUGGGGAGGUCAUUGCUAGGUGCUGGAACAAUGAGUAUGGCACUGUGAAAUCUCUAUAUGAGGAUUUCCGCAGCUGCAGCCAAGAAUCAGGGGUUUAA